AGAAAACGAAAAUAAAAUAUUUCUCAACAAACCAUUAUUCUAAUCAAAUAUUAAAACUUUUGGGUUGUGAGAGAAAUGACUGCGUUUUUUAGAGUUCUUGUCCCCUCUCCUCUCCUCCUUCCCUUCCCUUCCCUUUCCCUUUCUCUGCACUCAAUAUCCUUCAUUCAUCUCCUUUGUUUUUCUUGAUUUUCUUCCCAAAAUAUACAUAUCCACUUCUUUUUUUUAAAUUUUUCUGUCGAGUCCCGGAGUUCCCAUCCCUUUUUUUUAAAAAAGGAUUUUGUUUAUAAUUUCCUUCUCCACCUUCAGCCUUUACGAUAUAUAUUUAUAUUAAACAACAAAACAAACAGUGUUUAAUCAUCUCAAAAAUAAUUAAAAUUUCUUUCCUAAAUUUUUUAACAAAUAAAACAAAUCAAUUAAUCAUCUCGCUUUCCUGUUUUCUUUUCCUUUUGAUGUUGGCAUGGCAGGUUUGGAUUUAGGCACUACUCGCUAUGUUCAUCAGCUCCACCAUAGACCUGACCUUCACCUCCAGCGCCAGCUUGAAUCUGAAGACCACGAUUCCAAUCGUCCUGGCGGCGGUCAUUUCUCCACUGACCACCACCAGCAACAUGAAGACGGUUCCCAACAAGGCCUAGACCUAGUUGCUGCGGCUACAAACUCUGGAGACAUCGUGGCUCGCCGGCCUAGAGGUCGCCCGCCUGGUUCAAGGAAUAAACCAAAACCUCCUGUCAUAAUUACUAGAGAGAGCGCCAACACUCUGCGAGCCCACAUUCUUGAAGUAGGAAAUGGAUGCGAUGUGUUUGAGUGUAUCUCAAACUAUGCACGUAGACGGCAGAGAGGGAUUUGUAUACUUAGUGGAGCGGGAACCGUGACUAACGUUAGCAUCAGGCAACCAGCUGCAGCUGGAGCUGUUGUUACUCUUCAUGGCAGAUUUGAGAUCUUAUCUUUAUCUGGAUCUUUCUUGCCUCCACCAGCCCCACCUGGCGCAACUAGCCUAACAAUCUUUCUUGCUGGUGGGCAAGGGCAGGUGGUCGGAGGAAGCGUGGUGGGAGAGUUGACGGCAGCCGGGCCGGUGAUUGUCAUCGCAGCAUCUUUCACAAACGUUGCAUAUGAGAGGCUACCCUUGGAUGAAGAUGAGCAGCUACAGAUGCAGAGCGGUAGCAGCGGUGGUGGUGGGGGAAGUGGAGUUGGGAAUAAUCCAUUUCCUGAUGGGGCAGCAACCUCAGGUGGAUUGCCGUUCUUUAAUUUACCACUGACUAUGCCGUCAAACGUGCAGUUGCCGGUAGACGGAUGGGCCGGGACAAACUCAGGCAGUAGGGCUCCAUUUUGAGAUAAUAACAAUAAAAAAAAAAAACCAUUCUGGUGACAUGGUGGCAAUGUGUCGGAUAAUCGGAUUGCCGAAUUUGCAGCUUUCUCUAUUGGAUUACAGUAGGCGGGCAAGAUCGUGGGCUUUUGUUGGAUAGAAAGGUCAGCUUAUUUCAUGGAUUUCUUGUACUCACCAUCAUCAUCACCAUGUUUUUUCUUCUUCUUCUACUCCUUCUGUGAUGUUCUUUAGGGUGUCUGCUUUUUUUUUUUUUUUUUCCUUUUUGGUUCUUAUAUUAGACUACUUUUUAUGGUUUCUGGAAAUAGUCUUCUUGUUCAUUAAUUGUGGAACUAUCUUUUUCUUCUUCUUCUCGUUAUAUGAAAUAGUUCGAGGAUAUAUUAAUUGAUCAAA